GUAGCACGUUAGUGAAGUAACCGCGCCAUCUUGUGUUCCUCUGAGGAUUUGUCUUGCUGUCGUCUGCUCGCUUCCGUAAACAUGGCUGAAAGCAAGGACGAGUCUCUAACAUAUUCGUGAAUGACACUGAGCAAGGAGACAUGGGACUGCACACAAUGCUCUUUCGAAACGGCGUUUGCAAAGGAGCAGGGACACUAACCAAAAUCAAAUUAAGCACGUCUCCAUUUUGUGUAUUGAGCAGCGAGCCCUACAGAGUGGUUCAUGACCGGCAGCAGCGUCGCUUCACCGUCACACUGGACGACGGAGGUAAAGCGCAAAACGCCGUGCUGCAGUACUCUCACAGGAGGAAAGGGCACGUGCAUUUGUUAUCAACGGAAGUUCCGGAGUCUUUCAGAGGUAAAGGAGUAGCUGCGAGUCUGGCCAAGGCUGCGCUGGACUUUGUUGUUGAAGAAAGACUAAAAGCAAGCAUAUCUUGUUGGUAUAUUAAAAAAUAUGUUGAUGAAAAUCCACAUCAUGGCUACCAGGGGCACAUUGAAGAAUAAUAUUUUAGACAAAUGUUCUACAGCUCCUGUGAAAGGACUUACCUUACAUUAUGGCUAUAGUCACUGAAUCCUGAUUAUGCUGCUAAUUAAACUGUGUUCAUCGAGACAGUUUUAAAUGGACAGUUAUACCUUACAGAUACUUAAUUUGCAAAUGAACACAAAUGUAACAUCUGUUGGAAUAACAUUGUCUAAAAACUGACCAGAUGGACUGAAUGGAUGAAGCACAUUGAAGGCUUUAUUGCCUUUAUUUAAUAAACAUUUUACCCAUAACUCUCAUGUCACACCCACCUAGAACAGAUUUGAACUGCACACACACACAAGACCAGAAAACAUUUAACAAAAUCAUCACGUCAUUAAAACUGUGGAAAGAGUACUUACAUAUAAUGAAAAUAAUAAAAAAUAAUGAUUAGGAAGCUUAAUGUUACCCGUUAUAUUGAUGUCUUUCUCAUUCAUCUGUUAAUAAAGAUUGAAAUCUGAAAUAAUCCUGGAUUAUUAAAAAGCUCUGUUCAGACCUGUUUUGUUUUAUUUCUUGCAGCUAUAUUAAACAGCAUUGUCCUAGAUUGAUCAAAUGUAUUAAA